AUGGGAAGAGGUCUACUUAUUUUUUUGCUUAUCCUCAUUUCCUUUGAUUCAAUAAACUCGUUGAUGCCUCCUCUCUUCAGAAAAUUCAAUGUUGAAAUUGUAAACCAGUUAGGUUUUAACAAAAAACUCCAGGUUCAUUGCAAGAGCGGAAGUCAUGAUUUUCCGAUUACCUAUCUUAACAUCGGCGAAAAUUUUCAAUUUAAAUUUACCAUCCUCCUAACUACUCGGUAUUGGUGCAAUUUAUGGCAGGUGAGAGAUGUUUAUACAUUUUUUUCGACAUAUGCAAUUGCAGCUCUUACCCUAUAUAUAUCUAAUUAUAUGUUUCAGGGACCAGAUUACAAACACCAUGUGGUUUUUCCUGCGUUUGUUCCGGACAAAGAUUUUAUAGAUGGUACGUGUACUGGAAUGGACCCUAAUGUAUGUAAAUGGAUUGCAAAAGAAGAGGGAGUCUAUGUCCUCAAUAAGAAAUUUGAUGGAGAAUAUUUCAUGUAUAAAUGGGAUGCUCCCACAGAAAACCCUAUUGUUGGUUCACCUAUGAGUGAAUAUGAAUUUAAUCAUCUAUAA